ACCCCAACAACAACAAUAACAACAACUGCAAAAGCAAAACCAACAACAACAACGACAACAACAACAACGAAACCGAGCCAAUCUGAACCUUUGUCAAUGGAAUCUUGGCCUCCUUCUUUAAAGGCCUAUGUUGAAGAUGUCUUCCGGUAUAGUUCACCUGAAUUACUAGAUGUGGUACAAAAUGAACUGCGAAAAUUGAUUAUGGAAAAACACAACGAAGGCACACUUUUGACAACGGAUUGGUCAGAAAUGGAUUUACCAAGUUCAUGUGAAGCACCAGCAAAUAGGAAAUCAAAGAAAAAAGCAAGUAGUAUUAACAAUAGGAAAAAAACAACAUUAUCAAUUGUGGAAACAACUGAAGAGGAACAAAAAAGGAAAAAUAGAUUACGACGAUUCCAGGAAAGCAAUAAUUUAGCAAAGCAAAGAUCUUCUCCAUCAGUACAGUUACCACCACCAGCGGCUAUUGAUGAAAUGGAUUGGGAUCGACAUAUUGUUAUUGGAACUGCAACAAACUUAGAAAAGAAUUACUUACGACUAACAUCAGCUCCUGAUCCAUCUACUGUUAGACCUUUACCUGUAUUGAAGAAAACGUUGGAAUUAUUGAAAUCAAAAUGGACACAAGAACGAAAUUAUACUUAUAUUUGCGAUCAAUUUAAAUCAUUACGUCAAGAUUUGACUGUUCAACAUAUCAAGAAUGAAUUUACUGUUCAAGUUUAUGAAAUACAUGCUCGUAUUGCGUUGGAAAAGGCCGAUCUUGGUGAAUUCAAUCAAAAUCAAACUCAAUUAAAAUAUCUUUAUGCACAAGGAAUACCAGGUCAUGUAGAAGAAUUCACUGCUUAUCGACUUUUAUAUUUUUUACAUACACAGAAUUGGGCAGAUAUUAACUCUGUUAUGGCAAGUAUUACUGAAAAACAAAAACAAUGCGCGGCAAUAAAACAUGCUUUAGAUGUUCGAUCUGCACUGGCGACUUCAAAUUAUCAUCGACUUUUCAAACUAUACGUUACGGCACCUAAUAUGGGAGGAUAUUUAAUGGAUCAAUUCAUAGUACGGGAACGUGUUCAAGCAAUGAUAAUCCUUUGUAAAGCAUAUCGUCCCAAUCUGGCAUUAUCAUUUAUCAUGAAGGAAUUGGCAUUUGAAAAUUCUUCACAAAUGGAAAAGUUUAUCAAGGAAGAAGCUCUUAUUCCAGCGGCACAAUUGACUUCAGGAUUCUUGGAUACUAAAUUGGCAACAGCUGGACUGACGGAAAGCAUGAAAAAGUAUAAAAAGAUUGAUAUCAAGGGUCAACUGUAGUAUAGUUUUAAUUAUCUAGUGAUUUUAUUCAUGAAAUAAAAAGCUUUCAUUAUUCAUUACAACAAA